AGGCUCUACAAAAAAACUGCAAAGUGCAGCUACAAGUAUUACUUGCGCCUUUAAACAGUUUUAUUUCAGGAAUCACUGCUCAGAACAUGCAAAACAAGAACUGUUGAAUUUUGUUACAUUCAUAAAAACAAGUCAACAAAAACAUGGAUGACAUUAAUAUUACAGCACAAGGGCUAACUGUUGUUUAAAUUUAAGAAGAUUGUAAAAGCAAUGAAAUGUGUUUCCUUGAAUCAGUUGGCAUAAAAACUGUACUUGUGAUUGGAAUAUUCCUACGAGUAUGUUUGAUUCUCUACGGGGAGUGGCAGGACAGGACACAGAUAGUUAAAUACACAGAUGUAGAUUAUUAUGUCUUUACAGAUGCUGCUGAGUUUAUGACAAAGGACCAGUCGCCUUACUUACGACCUACAUACAGAUAUACACCACUAUUAGCAUGGUUACUUCAGCCAAACAUCACCUUAACACCUUUAUUUGGAAAGAUCAUAUUUGUUUUAUGUGAUAUAAUAUCAGGAUAUUUGAUAUACUUACUUUGCAAAUCACAAAAAGUUCAAGAAAAGGUUGCAGUUAUCUGCUCUUGUUUAUGGCUUCUUAAUCCUGUCCCUGCUGCAGUGUCCAGCAGAGGAAAUGCAGAAUCUAUCAUGGCGGUUCUUGUUUUAUUGUCACUGAAACUAAUACAGGAAAAUAAAGUUGUAAUGGCAGCAAUUAUAUAUGCUACAUCAGUCCAUGUUAAGAUUUACCCAGCUGUGUAUGCUUUACAAAUUUAUUUGUACUUGAAACCAGAAUCCUUCAAAGUUGGUAGUGGAAAUUUAGUAUCAAAGUUAACAGAUGAUUUAUGGCCAAAUAAAAGAAAGUGCAUAUUUGUCUGUGUUGCAGGAGGAACAUUUUUAGCAUUAACUGGAACAUUUUAUUACUGGUAUGGCUGGGAUUUUCUACAUGAGACUUACUUUUACCAUUUAACAAGGAGGGACAUAAGACAUAAUUUUUCAGUAUAUUUCUACAUGUUAUACUUAACAAUGGUAACGGAGCAUACACUUGUAAUUGGCCUUUUGUCAUUUAUACCGCAGUUGAUAUUGAUGGUGACGUUUUCCAUCAAGUACAGACAGGAGACGGCACUAUGUUGGUUCCUCAAUACAUUUGUCUUUGUGACCUUCAACAAAGUCUGCACAUCACAGUAUUUUUUAUGGUACUUGAGUGUUUUGCCAGUUGUAAUUCCAAAGCUAUAUAUGUCAUACUCAAAGGCUACCACUGCAGCUAUCUGUUGGAUAUCUAGUCAAGGUUUAUGGUUACUAUUUGCAUACUAUCUAGAGUUUGAAGGUCAACCAACAUUCCUGUAUAUCUGGAUAGCUGGUGUAUUAUUCUUCCUGGUCAACAUAUGGAUUAUGGCUAUCAUAAUAGAAAGUUACAAACCUAAUCAUAAUAAAUCACGUUAAAAAAAUAAAAUAAAAUAUAUUUUAUCC